UGUCCUUGAAAAACAAAGGCAAGGACAUUUGGGGAACAGAGCUACAGAACCGAAACCAUAUCGGCAGACACCUUAGUGAAAACAAGUGUCGCUGACACUAGAAUUCAAGCGAAAACCAUCAAACUCUACACCCCCAACACCCGAGGCAGCCACCGCUCCAUUAUUAAAACAUGCUCUAUAAAUACCCAUGCAAUUCUCGCAAUCUCUUCAGGCAUAUCUUCAAAAAUAUCCUCAGUAAUAGUUUGUUAUCUACCUUUUCUUGAACUUGUUUCAUUAUUGCCCUAUUAUUUUUUUUGGUUGAAAUCCUUUUCCUUUGCAAUGGCUAAAAAUGUUGCUCAAUCUGCUACCUUGGCUUCAGUGGACCAAAAGCUGGCCAUGGCAAAGCGCUGCUCUCAUGAGGGAGUAGUUGCUGGAGCUAAGGCAGCCGUUGUUGCUAGCAUUGCCACUGCCAUUCCAACUCUGGCUAGUGUAAGGAUGCUGCCCUGGGCAAGAGCCAAUCUUAAUCACACCGCACAAGCUCUCAUAAUCUCCACAGUGGCUGGAGCUGCCUAUUUUAUAGUUGCAGACAAGACUGUCUUGGCUACAGCUCGGAAGAACUCCUUCAAGCAUAUCCCUAACAUGGAGGCAUGAAUUUGAGUUGAUCUAGAUUUAUACUCGGCUUGUACUCCACAAUUAUUAGUAUUCACUUGGCUAAGAAAAGGGGUAGAAGGAAAAUUUUGGGGGAUUGGUAUUGUAAGAAGCCAUUUGCUCCUAGUUGGUAUGUAAUCCGUCGUCUAUAUAUAAAUAAA